CAGCCUCCCCAUCUGAGACUCAGCCCCUCUGCGUCUACUGCUUAAAACAGUGGAGGACAGGGCCCUGUCCCCUCAGCCUGGGUCAUCAGCUGGUCCUGGGACACUCAAUCGAAAAUGCCAUCCGCCAUCACGUGGGGCCUCCUCCUGCUGGCAGGCCUGUGCUGCCUGGUCCCGGCCUCCCUGGCUGAUGGUCCCCAGGGAGACACUGUCCAGGACACAGACGCAUCCCAGCACGAUCAGGAGGCAGCUAGCCACAAGAUUGCCUCAAACCUGGUUGACUUUGCUCUCAACUUCUACAGUCAGGUAGAAAAGCAAAAUGACACCAACAUCUUCUUCUCCCCGGUGAGCGUCGCCACAGCCUUUGCCAUGCUCUCUCUGGGGGCCAAGGGUGAGACUCACACCCAGAUCCUAGAGGGUCUAGAUUUCAACCUCACUGAGAAAGCGGAGGCUGAUAUCCACAAAGGCUUCCAGAGUCUCCUCAAGACCCUCAACCAGCCAGACAACCAGCUGAAGCUGACCACCGGCAAUGGCUUGUUCAUCAAUGCGAGUGCGAAGCUGGUGGGUACGUUUUUAGAGGAUGUCAAGAAACUGUACCACUCAGAAGCCUUCUCCGUUAACUUUAGGGACUCCGAAGAAGCCAAGAAACAGAUCAACGAUUAUGUAGAGAAGGGAACCCAAGGAAAAAUUGUGGAUCUCGUCAAAGAGCUUAACGAAGACACUGUUUUUGCCCUGGUGAAUUACAUCUUUUUUAAAGGCAAAUGGGAGAAGCCCUUCAAUGCAGACCAGACCACAGAGGGGGACUUCCAUGUGGAUGCGGCCACCACUGUCAAGGUGCCCAUGAUGCACCGGCUGGGCAUGUUCGACCUGCACUACUGUGAGCACAUGUCCAGCUGGGUGCUGCUCAUGGACUACCUGGGCAAUGCCACCGCCGUCUUCCUCCUGCCCGACGAAGGGAAAAUGCAGCACCUGCAGUCCUCAUUCUCUCCAGAAAUCCUCGUCAAGUUCCUGAGAAAGAGAUCCCCAAGGUCUGCCAAUUUGUAUCUGCCCAAGCUGUCCAUUUCUGGAACCUAUGAUCUGAAAACCAUCCUGGGCCAAAUGGGCAUCACCAAGGUCUUCAGUAAUGGGGCUGAGCUCUCAGGGAUCAGCGAGGAAGUGCCCCUGACACUCUCCAAGGCCAUGCACAAGGCUGUGCUGACCAUCGACGAGAGAGGGACGGAAGCUGCUGGGGCCACAGUGCUGGAAGCCAUUCCCAUGUCAAUUCCUCCAACCGUCGAGUUUAACAGGCCCUUCCUCAUCAUCAUCUAUGAUAACAUCACCAAGAGUCCCCUCUUUGUGGGAAAGGUGGUGAAUCCCUCCCAGAAAUAACUGCCUCUCUGGUUCAGCCCUCCGCUCCCAGGGCAGGUCCCCUCCCUAGGCGACAAUAAAGAAUGGCUGACCUGG